CCGUAGCCCUGGGGACGUUGUAUCUGUGGGCCUUCAGAUCGCGUCACAAGUCGGCGACUGAACCUUGGCUGUGGUGGCUGAGACGGCGAAAGCGGCAGCGGCGGCGACAACUCUGGGGUUUGUGUCUCGGGGUGUGUCGGCCGCCGCUGCUGCUUGGGCUUGGUAUGUACAAAUGGCUGGUUAGGAUUCUCGGCACCAUUUUUCGCUUCUGUGACCGGCCGGUGCCCCCUGCCCGGGCCCUCCUGAAGAGGCGACGCUCGAACAGCACUUCAUUAUCCACAGUGGACACUGAUGAAAUACCAGCCAAAAGACCAAGAUUAGAUUGCUUUAUUCACCAAGUGAAAAGCAGUCUCUAUAAUGCUGCCAGCUUACUUGGAAUCCCACUCCAGCUGACCACAAAGCCCAUGGUAGCUUCUGCUUGUAACGGAACACGGAAUGCAGCCCCUUCAGGAGAGGUAUUUGCGAACUCUUCAUCUUGUGAACUGACAGGUUCUGGAUCCUGGAACAACAUGCUGAAACUGGGUAAUAAAUCUCCUAAUGGAAUAAGUGACUAUCCAAAGAUCAGAGUGACAGUAACUCGCGAUCAGCCUCGAAGAGUCCUGCCUUCCUUCGGUUUUACUUUGAACUCAGAAGGCUAUAACAGAAGACCAGGUGGCCGCCGCCAUAGCAGAAGCAAUCCAGAGAGUUCCUUAACGUGGAAACCUCAGGAACAGGUCACAAGAGACAUGAUUACUGAAGAGGGUGGCAAGGGUCUAAGGCGUCCCCAUUGUACUGUGGAGGAGGGUGUUCAAAAAGAGGAAAGAGAGAAGUACCGAAGGUUAUUGGAACGACUUAAAGAAGGUGUUCAUGGAAACCCUGUUCCUCCUGUAAUGUCACCUCAUCACAGUUCUCAAAGAUGUCACAUGGAUACACUAAAGACCAAAGGCUGGGGAGAAGAUCAGAGUCAUGGAGUCAGAACAACUCAGUUUGUUCCAAAACAAUAUAGAGUUGUUGAAACAAGGGGGCCUCUAUGUCCAGUAAGGAGUGAAAAGAGGUAUUCAAAGGGGAAAAUUUUUGAUACAGAGAAGACAGUUGGAAUCAGACUUGAAAAUGAAGGUUCAUUAAGCAAGCCAAUAGAAUGUGGAAACUUUUUUGAUCAGAGGAGGGGACACCAGCUGGAACCUGACCUGUCCGAAGAAGUGUCAGCCCGACUCCGCCUGGGCAGUGGAAGCAAUGGCUUAUUCAGGAGGAGAAUGUCAGUACUUGACACAAAAGAAAAAAAUUGCUCAAGCAAAGAGAGGGAUAAAAAAAUGGAUGAUCUUCUUGAACUUACAGAGGACAUGGAAAAGGAAAUCAGUAACGCAUUAGGUCAUGGCCCACAGGAUGAGAUCCUCAGUAGUGCUUUCAAAUUGCGAAUCACUCGAGGAGAUAUCCAGACCUUGAGGAACUAUCACUGGCUCAAUGAUGAAGUCAUUAAUUUUUACAUGAAUCUUCUGGUAGAAAGAAAUAGAAAACAAGGCUAUCCAGUACUUCAUGCAUUCAGUACUUUCUUCUAUCCCAAAUUAAAGUCUGGAGGUUACCAAGCAGUGAAAAGAUGGACCAAAGGGGUCAAUCUCUUUGAACAGGAACUAAUUCUGGUGCCUAUUCAUCGGAAGGUACAUUGGAGCCUGGUGGUGAUAGACCUAAGAAAAAAGUGUCUUAAAUAUCUGGAUUCUAUGGGACAAAAGGGCAACAGAAUCUGUGAGAUUCUCCUUCAGUAUUUACAGGAUGAAAGUAAGACCAAAAGAAAUAUUGAUCUGAAUCUUUCAGAGUGGACGGACUACAGCAUGAAGCCACACGAGAUUCCUCAACAGCUGAACGGGAGUGAUUGUGGAAUGUUUACUUGUAAAUAUGCAGAUUAUAUGUCUAGGGACAAACCUAUCACAUUUACUCAGCACCAGAUGCCUCUCUUCCGGAAGAAGAUGGUGUGGGAAAUCCUUCAUCAGCAGUUGCUGUGAGAACACCCUACCCAGUCCCUUAGCUGCUGGUGGUUCUUUCUCGGAGGGACAUUUUCAUAUACCUCAUGCAUUGUGGGUUAAAAAGUCCCUGCAUCACCUGUUCCGUCACAGGUACUGACGAGCAUGAAGGCCCUGCACCCUAGUGCCCCGACUUGGUAUGCGGAGGGCUGCCUGCAACCGUGUUUGAAAGGAUAUGCUUGCUCAGAGCCCUGGACUCUUCAACCCACAUAGGAACAAACGCUAAUUAAUACUUUAUUUUAAAUAUUUUCCCCCCUGUGAAUGUGUAAAAUGCAGGAUUUAUUCUAUGAGUUGUUUUUUUCUGUGUUUGUUCAUGUGUGUUCAUUCUCUGACUCAUUUGCAAACGUAAUGGGCAGUGGCCGUUUCUGCUGCUCUCUUACAGUUAACUUGGAAUUGUUUGAACUAUUUAUUUCUGAAAAGAAUGUUAAUCAAGCUUCCACUGCCUGCUGAAGAUGGGGCGGGAACUCAGUGGGGGGAGGAAGGAAGGAAGGAAGUGUUAAUUAACUUCUUUAGUGCUGGAGCAGUAACUGCCAACUUGAAGCUUGAGGUCUUUCUUUGAGGCUUGAAAAUGCGGGGAGAAGUGCGGCGGUGCAGGGCUCUGAUUGCUCUUCAGAGGAAGCCUGAGGCGCGGCAUUGGCACUGUGUCAUGGAAAAGCAGAACUGUGGCCAAGAAACUCUGGCUACCCAGGCAUCUUCAGAAGAGUGUCGUGGUCAUCCUACAGAGACUUUCCUUUCUGGAAAUGAGGUGAUUGCUCUCGAAACUGGAUUUGAAGUAACCGUAAACCCUAAAUUUUCAUUUUCAUCCCAGAUCUGGUAGAGUGUAAACCUCAGAAUUGUAAGGGCUGGCCUGAGCUGUUUAUUUCAAAAGAUGCUAUUCAAUUUAAAGCUAUUUUUCCUCAAAAUUUUUUUUCUAUAUAGAAAGCUAAAAUUAAGUUUUGUACUCAUUAGGAUUUAAACCCCCCACUCCACCCCCUACUGAAAUUUGUGGAAGAAAAUUUAGUAUUUGGCUCUGAGGUUACUGGUUAUACGAUAAUCUAUUUUGCAUAUGAAAGUUUGUAUUUAACAUUUUUGUUCAUUAAAAACUUUACAGUGGUUAUGCAUUUUUAAUUUCAGAAAGUUUAGAGUUCGUCAGAACUUAUUUUGCAAGAUCUAGUGCCUAGUGUUGCUUUUCCGAUGUAAUAAAAGGUUGCCUGGCAGAACCUGAAAAGUAUACGCUGAAAUGAUUUCUAACCCUUUCCCAAAAUAAACUGAACUUGUCCUGCCUGGUACACAAAAGUAAGAGGUAGAACCAGAAAAAACUGGGCACGUGUUAGCUAUGAAUCAGCACGUCUGCCAUCUGGAGGGCCCCAGGCUGCUGGCCACAGAGGCGUGCUGUUGCGGCCAGUUUUCCCUGAGACAUGUGAGUCUUGUGUGGGCCCUGGGGCCUGCGAUGUGGAUUGGAACUGCUGUCCCUAUUCGAUGGCCAAACCGGAGGACAUGUGUUCAGGGGAUGAUUGAAGAAUGAGCCAGUGGUACUACCUCUCCCUCAAGCUUAGGCUGCACAGGGGACCCUUCCUGCAGCUUCCGUUCCUUUCCAGGGGCUGCCGGAGUGGGACCAGUGAAUACUGGGACCAGGCGGCCAAAAGAGGUUUACUGGGUCAGCAGUUACACUAGAAACCUGGUUCCCACCGGGCAGAGGUAGGUCUCACCUGAGAACGCAGCACCUUAGUUAGCAUUUGUUCCACGUGGGAGAAAUCCUGCCAGGAAUGGCAGUUUGCGUUCUGCCCAUGUGAGGGAGGCUGGAGGUUGGUGUGUUUGUGCUGCAUUUGAGGGGCUUCAUAGAGCAGCUCUCACUGGGCGUUCCCCUAAUGUGUGCUCUUCAGUGCAGCUCCUCCAGUCUCCCAGGACUUGGUGACAUCGAUGAGCACAGGCCGUUGAGUUAGGAAUGGCGUUCUAUUUAACCUUGAAUGCCUGAGGUUGUGUAGGCUUCUUCUCUAGGCACUGGCAUGUGUCUCAUAGUGCAGAGCAACUUGUUGGUCAUAGAAUUCUUGUGUCUAAACAGUUUAUGAGAAAAGCAGUCACAUGAUUUGAAACAGGUAUUGAUUUUAUCAACAUUAAAGCCAGUGAGACGUAGUACAGGGUCUGGCACAAAUAACGCCCCUUUUCAAUGACAAAAUCCUAAGCAUGUGAUUCUUUAACAUAACAAUAUCACUCAAACAUACCAUAUGACAUUUUAGGUGAAAUGUUCAAAUUAAAAAUAAAUUAUUACAUCCAUAUUAUUACCCUACCAACCGCACUCAAGCAGGCCUCACUUCUGCCAUAGCCCUAUAUUUUAUAGUAGUUUGGGGGUUCUGAAAAGAGGGUGGAGUGAGCCACUGAUCGUUUUUAGUAGGCAAUCUCUCCUAAAGAUCGAUUAAAAUGAAAAAAAGAGACCGUUGGUGAGCAAAUGUCUUUCUCAUGUUUGACCUUGUAGCAGAGUCGGGAUGCCGGUGGGAGGGAAACAGACUCGGGCCCCGUGGAAGGCGUUCUGGAGAGCCCUGCAUUCUACCUCAGCUGCCUCAGGUUGCUAGAGCUUCUGGUCGUUCCUCCUCCGAAACCUGAAGCACAAGGUGGGCGGCCCUGUCCGAUGGCGGGUGUCUGCCUGCCCUGCGAGGAGUUGCGUGGUGCCGGGACCAUGGUGCGGGUGUGGGGAGAGUGUGUGCAUGAGAUACACCGAAGCUGUGAUACAAAUAAAUGAAGUAGAGAAAUUUAAUAACCUUAGUACUGUAGUUCAGCCACAUUGUUUAAAUUGGCUUUUGUGAACUAAUUGGCAGCCUAAUUUCUUUAUGAUAGUUUUUUUUUUUUUUUUUUUUUGAGAAAACCUCUAAGGAUCCAUUAAACAAACGUUUGGUACUUGUUUGUAAGUUGGGGAUCUAGUUGGUUGUAUUGCUUUGAUAUUUUUUUCUUUAAAUUUUCCUAAUAUAUACAAGGAAAGGGUUUGGGUGUUGGAAAUAGGUGUCAAUUUUACCUAUCAAUAAAUCCAUCUCUUUAAUUCA